CAACAUCAAUGGUAUCAACAAAAAAUAAGAAAGCCUACUCUAAUUUGUCAGAAUAUUUUACGUGUAACUGUCCACAGUCUCUGCAGUAGCUACUCAUUCCAACUCAAUAACACACACACAUACACACACACACACACACACACACACACACACAAACAAAUGAGGGCUGAGGUGUGACUGUAACAACCAAUCAGAGCCGAGGGGGUGUUUCAAAACUUGUAUAAAUUGUUCAGGUAAGACAGGUGUCAUGUUGAGAUGCACUUGACCAAUUCACCUGUGCUAAACACAGACACAGCAGAACAGAAGAGAGCACUUUCUCCAUAUUCCAGGAACAACAGGACAAAGGAAAGAAAAAGAGAAAACAUGACGUCAUUUGUACCACAAUCCCUCUCACCCCAGUUCCACAGUAUGGGGCAGGAAUCCCAGGAAUUCAGCCUGUACAGUGACAACUUCUACAACACCCAACCUCUGCCUAGUCCACAGCAAACCCUGCCAUCUUCUCAUGACUUUGGAGACUAUGUCAGCCCAGCUUCAAACCCUUACCUGUGGUUUAAUGGCCCUGGGCUCAAUUCAGCUCCCUGCCUCGGUGGAGGGCCUCAGCACUACGGUAUGACAAAGCCUUACAUGGCCUCAGGAGGAAUUGGAGGCUCUGAGGGUGGCUUCAGCUGGUUUUCUCUGCCUUCCCAAGAAGACCUAAUGAAGCUUGUCAGGCCUCCGUACUCAUACUCAGCACUUAUUGCGAUGGCAAUACACGGUGCCCCAAACCGACAUCUUACACUCAGCCAGAUCUACCAGUAUGUGGCUGAAAACUUCCCCUUCUACAACAAGAGCAAGGCCAGCUGGCAAAACUCUAUCCGGCACAAUCUCUCACUUAACAACUGCUUCAUGAAGAUGCCCAGAGAUGACAAUGAUCCAGGAAAAGGUAACUAUUGGACCCUCGAUCCAAACUGUGAGAAGAUGUUCGAUAAUGGCAACUUCCGGCGCAAGAGGAAGAGAAAGUCAGACUCUUUGGCUGAGGAGGAAGGGAAAGGCUAUUCUGGAUCAGACUCUGCUCUGUCAAGUCCUCAAGAGCCCAGUAACACCAGUGACACACCAGAGAGAGGAAACUCUCCAGUCUCCACAGACCCAACUCCUUGUCUUAAUGGCUUCUUAACUCAAAUGGGUGACGUGGUGUCAGGCUCAAGUAACAUUGGCAGGGCAUCCAUUCUCCCGUCUCCACUGGCUUUGCCUUUGGAUGGAAGCCAAAGAGUUUCUCCUUCAGGGGUAUAUGGCCCAUACUCACCAAGUGCUACUGUGCCACAAUGGGAGGCCCACGUUCCUCCCCCUGUUCCACCCAACAUCUCCUCCUCACCUACUCAGUACACAGACAGCUACAGUGACUCAAUGCUCAACCAGUUCAGCAGCCAGCUUUAUCCAGUUCUGGGCUCCACUGACUUGCUGUAUUCACGGGAGGGAACAGAGGUGUAGCACAAGAAAGGACUGAUGGACACAAGGCAUAAAAUGUGGGUGCAGGCACUUGCGAGAGCAGUUGACCUGCAUUGUGAGCCAAACUCCCACAGCAGUAUCCGAGUCAGCAGGUCAAAUUGGACAUGAAGAGGAUUCCCUCUAUUUUACAGUUGUGUGAAUGCUAACACACACUGCUCUCAGGCUUGAUGACAUUAUCAAGUUUUUGUAGCUGAAAGAUAACAGCAAUCACCCAACACAGUCAUGUUUUUUUUUUUUGUGUGUGUAUUUUUGCAAUUAAUUUCCAUUUUGUUGAAGUUUGUUGUAAUGUAACAGAAAAUGCACUGACUUUUUUCAUAUGUAUAUUAAUCUUUUUGUCCAUUGUUUCAUAUUUUGUAUUUGUGUUCUCUUUAUUAUGUUGUGAUUGUAAUAUAUAUUAUAUUUGCUUAA